CCUCAUCUCGUCUUGCCUCGCAGCUGGAGGCUUCCCCUGCGCAAGCGGAGCGACUCCAUGGCGUCCACCGUGCUGGUGGGAGUGGGCGGCGGCCCCUCUCUCGGUCCCGUCGCCGCCUCCAACUGCAGCUCCGCCGCCGCAUCCUUCACCCAGCGAGCCGGUGGCGACCCCCGACGGCGUGGCCGCCGCCUCGUCCUCCUACGGAGAGGAGGUGCUGGGGGAGAGAGGACAGGUAGAUGGAACCGGACAGUAUUUCAUUGUGCCAAUGACGCAAAUGUCGUGACUGAGGAUGAUACUGUGGAUGGUGAUGCUACUGAUGAUGAAAGUGAAACAGACCUUGAGGCUACCGCUAAUGACACUAUUGGUUCUGAUGGUGAUACCGAAGAUGAACCUGAGGAUGUUGAGUGGAUAAAGCAGCAGCCACUUCCUUAUCCUUUUGAUGCUCUGGAGCCAUACAUAAGCAAGGAGACGGUUCAGCAGCACUGGGGUGUUCAUCAGCAGAUGCAUGUGGAUAGGCUCAACAGCAUGAUCGGUGGCAGUGAGUGGGAAGGCAUGCCACUGGGGCAGAUGAUGCUGUCCUCUUUCAACGAGGGCAGGGAGCAGCCUCAUCCUCCCUUCUUCCAUGCUGCCCAGGUAUGGAACCAUGAUUUUUAUUGGCGAUCCAUGAAACCUGGUGGUGGGGGCAAACCACCGGAACGGCUUCUGAAGUUUAUUAAUAGAGACUUUGGCUCCUAUGAGCACAUGAUCCAACUAUUCAUGGAUGCUGCACUGACUCAGUUUGGUUCUGGAUGGGUUUGGCUUUCUUACAAAGGAAGCAAGUUGCCAUAUGUGAAAUCAAGAAGUCCAAUCCCAUCUGACAAUUAUGGUAGGCUGGUAAUCUCAAAGACUCCAAAUGCCAUCAACCCUCUUGUUUGGGGCCACUCUCCGCUCCUUGCCAUUGAUGUUUGGGAGCAUGCAUACUACCUGGAUUACGAGGAUCGAAGGGCUGAUUACGUUGACGCGGUCAUAGAGAAGCUUGUGUCGUGGGAAGCAGUUGAGUCGAGGCUAACAAAAGCCAUACAACGGGCGGUAGAAAGAGAUGGGCAUCUCAAGAAGAGAAUUCUGAAGAAACGACAAUUGGCUCAGGCGAGUGGCCAGAUUAGAGCUAAGCCGCAAGAGGCAAGGAGACCAUGAAGUUGCCUGCAGCAGUCCUGCGGAUGCAUGGCAAUGUAGCUGGUAGAUGAGGUGCAUCUCGGUCCCUGUGUAGCUGAAUUGAUCCGCAAAGAUGGGGACGGACUGACUCUGUAGGGCAGACCACUGGAGAACGCGAUCAACCUUUUGCCUGUGACAGUCUUCAGAGUUUGCGUGCGCACACUGCGGAUGACACCCUCAGUACUGCACAGGUGGGGCUAAAUUUUGUAAGAACGAGGAUUAGGUUAGAGGUAGGAUAGAAAGCACUUUGUUUUGCUCACUAUUCCUUUCCUUGUGGGAUGCGAGUGACAAUGGUAGACGUUCUGAACCUUUGGUUGACGAACCAAGACUGCAGGGUGCUCUUAGUGCAGUCUCUAGAUAAAUUUGUUGUCACCAUCACCUCACCUGUGAGAAUGUUCCCAUUUGUUAAGGGGCAUAUAUUUUCUUUUAGAUGAUGGAAUUUUCCGGCCUCUACGGUUUAGCGUACACAGCCUUCAAAUAUUACAUUGUUUUCACUUCAUCA